CUCGCACCUGCCGAUCGCACCUAUGACGUUUUCUCGCAACAAUCCAUUUUUGUUCAAAAAGGGGAAAAAUCCAGUCAAACUCAGAUUCACAUGAAAAAGGCAAAGACUUGAAAAAGCCCAACACAACCCAAAAAUGAUACCCACUACUUUACCGAGCCAUAUUUCCCCAUCCAAGUCGUCAAUGUCAGAAUCCAAACCAACGGUCAAGCAUGGUAGACUAAGGAUUCAGUUGAUCAAUUGUUAUCUCAAUGUGCCAGUCAAACGGCCUUAUGUCAUUGUUACCAUGGGAGACCAGAUUCAUCAAUCAUCUAUAUCGGAAUAUUCACAGGGAAAUUGGAACGAAUGCUUUGAAUUCUAUGUCAGCUUUCAUGCCCAAAUUUUUGAUACCAUUCAGCUGGAUCUGUAUGAUUCCUACAUGUUAUUGCCUGACCGGCAUAUCGGCCGUGCUGAAAUCCGCUUGCGCCAGUUGGAAGGCAUGCCGGAGACAUUCACCAGUUACUACGAAAUUUGGGAUAAACGUUUGUCGACCGGCGCCACUUCUUCGGUGAGCCGAAAAAAAACCAUGGCCGCCAAUAUGGGAGCAUUGGAAGCCACGAUUUCUUAUGUGUACCAAUCAAAUGGGGGUUCAGAGGUCGAUCAUUCGCAUAACAUCAGCCGAUAUUCGCCUACCGUUGAUCAGCUGGCCGCCGAAAACUUCCAGCGACAGCUUGUCAAUCAACGGGCUCAGGAAACCGAUGUCAAAUUCCGUAAGUACGAAGAACGAGGAAAGAAACCCACUUUGGCCGAAGAAGACGGGUACCCUGAUGACAGCGACUCCGAUAACGAACGUCGAAGAAGACCCAUCUCCUACUCUGUCCGUCGCGCCAGUCGCACCGAACUAGUACAAUCGGAACCUCGCACCCCGCCUGCAAGCACGCCCGCAAGCACGACCGUCUUUAGCACCGUCACUUCUUGGCUUGGGCUUUCUUCUCAAUCCAGUGCCUCCACCGACCACACCAGAGAAAUGCAGCAAAUGACGGAAGAACAUGCUCCUUCGCCCGAUUUACUGCAAGAAGAAAACGAAAGCCUCAAGACUUACCCCAUUCUAGACGCUAUCGGGUCAUGGACAGUCACCAAAGAAACGAAUCAAGUGCUACGUGCCAUUGGCAAACUGCUGGCAGCUUUUGGGCAAGGUUUUGAACUGUCGCAUAUGCAAAUUUUGACAGGGUUCAGUGUGGUUGAAAAGUUUUACAAUGACAUACCUCGUGAUCGGACGUGGGAUACGGUGGAAAGCCUUUCCGAGAUUGAUUUGGCUUCCCACUUUUGGCGGUUUUCUGUCGCUACGUAUGGUUGGAAAGGAGUGAACUUUCUUGGUCAUGGCAAUGGGUAUAUUUCAGAUGCCGUCCGCAAUCAGUCGGAUACGCUAUCCGUAAGAGAAUAUCUGUCUUUACCCAAGGAGGAUAUGCUAGCCUACGAAUUCCGCUCCACCGAAGCCUUUCGUCCCAGCUAUUUUAUAGCCCGCGAUCGUUCCACCAACUCGAUCGUACUGUGUAUCCGAGGCACCAUGAGCAUUUUUGAUACCAUGACCGAUCUUGUAUGUGAAUAUGAACCCUGGAAAGGAGGCUAUGUCCAUAAAGGCAUGAAGUCAUCUGCAUUGUGGUUUUUCCAACAUAUUGCGCCAAAAUUGGUUGCUUACACCAACAAGCAUUCCACGUCAGCAUUGUAUAUUGUUGGCCACAGUUUGGGUGCGGCCACGGCGGCUAUAUUGACCAUCUUGUUACUUGAUUACAUGGAUGAGUUUCAACAGGGGAAAGAGGAACCUUUCACGCUUCAAUGCUUUGGAUAUGCGCCGGCAUGUGGUUUGAGCUUGGAUUUGGCGGAAAAAUACCAGGAUCACAUUCAAUCCAUCGUGUUUGCCGAUGAUUUUGUUAGCAAACUGAGUUAUGGUUCCAUGAUGGAUAUCAAGGAACUGAUCCUCGCAGGUGCGGAAGCCGCUAAGCAUCUCAGUCUCAGCCAACUUUUCUUUACGGGUGAACCGACUGGCCCAGAAUGGAAAACAGCCUUUGAUCGUGUGGCAGAAGCUAGGAAAAGAUGUUUGGAUUCCAUGAGCAAUCCAAGAUUCUCCUCUUAGCUUUAUGUGGCAGGCAAAGUUUAUCAAUUUUGGCUGGAUCCAUGUCCGGAAAACGAUACCCGCAUUGUCGUAGAACGAACAGAUGCCAAACGGGUUUCCAGUGAACUGAUUCUACGUCGAUCGAUUGUGCUGGACCAUUUACCCAGCAAUUUUGAUGUCGCUUUUAGACGUGCUCGCGAAGCAUUGAUGGUCCACAAAC